CCAUUUGGUCCGAAAGAGCGAGUGAGCGAGCGGGCGAGAGAGCAGCGGCAGCAGUAGCAGCAGCGGUAGACCGAAGGGAGAAGAAAGAGGAGCGGUUUUUGGAGAGGAAAGGGGAGUGAAGAUGUCGUGGCAAGCAUACGUGGAUGACCAUCUCAUGUGCGAGAUCGACGACAUGCAGCUCACGGCCGCCGCCAUCCUCGGCCUUGACGGUAGCGUCUGGGCCCAGAGCGCCACCUUCCCACAGUUAAAACCUGAAGAGAUUACUGCAAUAAUGACUGACUUUGAAGAGCAUGGUUCCCUUGCACCAACUGGAUUAUAUCUUGGCGGGAUAAAGUACAUGGUUAUCCAAGGCGAGCCAGGUUCUGUAAUUCGAGGGAAGAAGGGUGCUGGUGGUGUCACCAUCAAGAAGACCAAUCUGGCUUUGAUAAUUGGUAUAUAUGAAGAGCCGAUGACUGGUGGCCAGUGCAGCAUGAUUGUCGAGAGGCUUGGUGAUUAUCUUUAUGAUCAGGGUUUUUGAAUUUGGUAUCGAUGCAUUGGAUCUUCUUAUUUUGGUAUUCCGUGAAUGAGCUUGCAACGUACCUAAUCAUCUUGAACUCAAUUUGGAAAUUUAUCAGAAGUCUUGUUGGUCUAGUCUGUUGGCAUGGUAUGUAAGUUACGUGACUUUUAUCCGUUUCAUUUAUCAUGCUGAGGUCGUCUAUAUUCUCAGACAAGUUUCCUGGAAGUUUGAUGUAGAUUUGACAUAUAUGUGCAUGGCUAAUGUGGUACCUUUAUAGUA